CGGUGGUGUAAGCGCCGAAGAAGAGUCUCGGAGGUGCUGGAAAAACAGCUAGCAAGCGCAAAUUGUUAGCAACCAAUGAUAUUAAAGUAGCGUUGGAUUUCACCGCAGAACGCGAAAAAUAGUCUGUUCAACCCGAUAGCGAUGAGAGAGGCAAUGGUCCAUGAAGAGUUCUGGAUACACAGAGAGUGGCUUGUCCACCAGGGUCAUCUUCAGGCACUGGAGCACAGAUAACACUUCCAAACUGAUAAACCAUGAUCCCCAUCACUGAGCUGCGGUACUUUGUGGACACACAGCCGGCAUACCGCAUCCUGAAACCAUGGUGGGAUGUGUUCACCGACUACAUCUCCAUUGUUAUGCUUAUGAUUUCUGUGUUCGGGGGGACACUGCAGGUCACCCAGGACAAGAUGAUCUGCCUGCCCUGCAAAUGGGUGGUCAAUGAGACCUGCAAGAAGAACUUCAAUUCUACCCUCUCGGCUUCAUUGUUCUUGGAGCCCAAAGGGAUCCAGUAUGAUCUGGACCGCCACCAGUACAACUAUGUGGAUGCUGUGUGCUAUGAGAAUAGAUUGCACUGGUUUGCCAAGUAUUUCCCUUAUCUAGUAUUACUUCACACCCUUAUUUUCCUCGCUUGCAGCAACUUUUGGUUUAAGUUCCCACGGACUAGUUCCAAACUAGAGCACUUUGUAUCCAUCUUGCUGAAAUGCUUCGACUCCCCAUGGACGACUCGGGCACUGUCAGAGACGGUGGUUGAAGAAAGCGACCCAAAACCAAUGAAAAUGAACGGCUCAAUGGACCACAAGGAGUCCGUCAUCAGUGAGGACGUUGAAGCGAGUGUUCCUAUGCUCCAAAGGACAAAGACACGCUUUGAGCAAGGCAUUGUAGACAGAACAGAAACGGGGGUUUUGGACAAGAAAGAGGGCGAACAGGCAAAAGCCCUGUUCGAAAAAGUCAAGAAGUUCCGUAUACACGUUGAAGAGGGAGACAUUGUGUACAGACUUUACAUCCGCCAGACUAUAAUCAAAGUCAUCAAGUUUAUUUUGAUAAUCUGCUAUACAGGGUAUUACGUGCAUGAUAUUAAAUUCAGUGUUGACUGUUCGGUGAAUAUAGAAAGCCUGACAGGUUACAGUGUAUACCGUUGUGCUCACCCGUUGGCUACACUUUUUAAAAUCUUAGCCUGUUUCUACAUUAGCUUAGUAGUGGUUUAUGGUUUGAUCUGCAUGUACACACUUUGCUGGAUGCUUCGGCGCUCUCUGAAGAAGUACUCCUUUGAGUCAAUACGGGAAGAGAGCAGUUACAGUGACAUACCUGAUGUGAAGAAUGACUUUGCAUUCAUGAUGCACAUGAUAGAUCAGUAUGACCCUCUGUACUCUAAACGCUUCGCCGUGUUCCUCUCAGAAGUUAGCGAAAAUAAGCUGAGGCAGCUGAACCUCAACAAUGAGUGGACACUGGACAAGCUCAGGCAGAGGAUUACCAAGAACUCUCAGGAGAAGCUGGAGUUGCACCUUUUCAUGCUGAGUGGCAUUCCAGACACAGUAUUUGACCUGAUGGAGCUGGAGGUUCUCAAACUGGAGCUCAUCCCUGAUAUCACCAUCCCGCCCAUCAUCGCCCAGCUGGUCAACCUGCGAGAGAUGUGGCUUUACCACACACCAGCCAAAAUCGAAGCUCCUGCAUUGGCUUUUUUGCGUGAGAACUUGAAGUCUCUGCACAUCAAGUUCACUGACAUCAAAGAGAUUCCCCUGUGGAUCUACAGUCUGAAGAACCUCAGCGAGCUCCAUCUGACAGGGAACCUCAGCGCGGAGAACAACCGUUACAUUGUCAUCGAUGGACUCCGGGAGCUCAAGAGGCUCAAAGUUCUUCGUCUGAAGAGCAAUCUCACCAAGCUACCUCAGGUGGUGACUGACGUGGGCAUGCACCUCCAGAAGCUUUCCAUCAACAACGAAGGCACCAAGCUGAUGGUGCUCAACAGCCUGAAAAAGAUGGUGAACCUGACGGAACUGGAGCUCAUUCGCUGUGAUCUCGAACGCAUACCACACUCAAUCUUCAGCUUGCACAACUUGCAGGAGAUCGACCUGAAGGACAACAACCUGAAGACCAUCGAGGAGAUCAUCAGCUUCCAGCACCUUCAUCGGCUGGUCUGCCUUAAGCUCUGGUACAACCAGAUUGCCUAUAUUCCCAUCCAGAUUGGCACUCUGACCAACCUGGAGAAACUGUACCUGAACAGGAACAAGAUCGAGAAGAUCCCCGGCCAGUUGUUUUAUUGCCGCAAACUGCGCUUCCUGGACCUGAGCCAUAACAACCUAACCUAUAUCCCUACAGACAUUGGCUUCCUCCAGAACCUUCAGUACCUGGCUGUUACAGCCAACAGGAUUGAGAGUCUGCCUAAUGAGCUGUUCCAGUGCAAGAAGCUUCGUACUUUGAACUUGGGGAACAAUUGCCUACAGUCUCUGCCAUCGCGCUUUGGAGAGCUGACCGGGCUGACACAGCUCGAGCUGAGAGGAAACCGUCUGGAGUGUCUGCCCGUCGAGCUGGGCGAGUGCCGACAGCUAAAGAGAACCGGCCUCGUCGUGGAGGAGGACCUCUUCAACACCCUGCCCACGGAGGUCAAGGAACAGUUGUGGAAAGUCGACAAAGAACAGGCUUGAACAUGUCUGAGAGAAAACAGAUACUGACAGACUGGGCCCUGACACAGGAGGAACGCCUAUAAAGUCCCUGAGGGCUUGUUGAAACAGGCAGUGUGCUGCUGCAGUGUACUGCCAGUAAGGUUGGGUAUCGAGAACCAGUUUCAGUUGGCAGAACCAAAACACUGAUCAAUUCUGGUUGUUCCCUUAAUUCUAAACUGUGCGGUUAAUUUUCAUACCUUUAGAAACAAUUCUCAGGCCUUUUACUUUUUAACCAAGUAAUGAUGAUUUAUUUUUAUUUUUUUUAGCAAUAAUGUAGCAGAGCCAUUGCGGACAGCAGAUUGUGUUUACAUGUGAUGCUUCUCAGUCAUGGUGGAGAAGUUUUAGUUUGCUAAAGACAGAGAAAAUAAUUUGAACAUUGUUUCAACUGAUCACAUUUACCGUAACACUAAGUUCUUGUCUCGUCAAGAUAGAGUACAUUUGGAAAAUUACAGUGGAAAUAAUUUGUGUAUCCACCCUGUAAUUCUACACAUUUUUUAUUGUUUUUUUUAUAAUUGUUGGGGUGGUUUUUUUUGCCUGUAUUUGGUAGUAUAGCUGGAAAUGGACAGGAAAUAGUGGAAAAAUAGGGAAACAACAUGUAUCAAGGGGCUGGAAGUUGGAAUCAAAUUGAAACUUUGUUGCUGCUAAGGACUUAAUAGCUUCUUCUCUGGCCCAUGCAUGCUACACCCUUCCAUUAUUUUAUUUUUUUUAAUGAAAACUGGGCCUGUAGUUUUUCCGUAAUCCUGCUAAAAAACUGACAAAAAAACCUCCUUGGAGGAGAAUCCUAUAUUCUUAAUUUUACAAGUAGUUUUUUUUCUUUUUUAAAAAAAACAAGCAGAUGUUAAUCCACAAUAUUUAACAAGUCAACUGAUUAAAUCACCAAAUGUUAUAUUCAUAUAUUAUGUGAAAUCAUGUUACCAAUCACAAGCAAACCACACAGUUAGCAAUCAUGACCUGACCUAAUUAAUUAUAACUCUUGCAGUCAUUGUUUUCCUGCUGUAGAUCGAUGACUUAGGCUCCAAAAUAUCAUCAUAAGAGCUCGGUUGAAAUCGAAUUGGAAAAUCAUGAAAGUAUGACAUGAGAUCACAAAUCAGGGACAUUAAUCAUGAACCUUGCGUCUGAGAGGAUGUUGUGGAAAGUGGAAGGGUCUUUGGAGACUGUUAGCAGUGCAAGUGCUAUAGAGACUGAUGAGUUGUUUGGUUGGGCUGAGUCUUGGUCGCAGUACAGUGUUUGGUAUUAGACCAGAGAGUGCAAUCCUUACAUGGAGCCAGUUUGGCAGAGUGGAGUGGUUGAUGGCCUCUUUCUGUGGAAAGAUGUGCAGUGUGUUUGACGUAGCGCUUGAGGAAAAGCAAUUAUUCUACUGAAUGCUACCCAGUGGACUACUGUUCCAAAACAUCACCCCCAUACAAUCACAUUAGUGCAGCAUCUUAUCAGCAAGCAGAUACCCAGCCCUUACUGCCAGUAUACUACAACAUGGGAAUAGAGCAGAAUCUGUUUAAUGGUCAUGCUGCAUCCACGUUUGUAAUGAAUUGCACAAACAAAAUGAACAAAUCUGGGAAAUGUUGAAAAGGUUUUGAAUGAGAUGAGUGGUGUGUGCAUCAAAAUAACUAAAAAUGAAGUUUGUAAAGGAUGACACAAUGUUGAUAUUGAAGUGGACCCUUGAGAAAUUGGGAAAAAAUGUUUGAAAUGAACGCAGAUGCUUACGUGAAACACUAGAUUGGUUUAUUAUCCUUUCUGUGGUGGGUUUGAAGUAAGCACCUGUCUGCUUGAAUGCCCUGAUAGUUGAGUGUUAUUUCUGUGAAUAACCUGACAUUUCCUCAAUUAUGUUUUCUAAACACCUGGCCUUGUGUUCAUUUUUAGUUCAUUAUUAUAAUUUGUAAGAUUAAUAUGAUGUUUCUACCUUGAAAGAGUUAUUCUGUUCUUUUAAUCUCACUGAAAUACAUUAGUCAAAAUAUGGUGUAAUGUUGUUUAGAAAGUUCACCUGUGUGAGAUUACAGCCAUCUUUAAAAUGAUUUAAAUUGCUAUAUUGGAUUCAUUAAGAUGAAGUGAAUAUGGAAUUGUAUGGAGUUUUCUCAGUGCAAUAAGGCUCUAAAUGGCCAUUUCUGAAACUUCAUUGCAGAGAUUUUAUCUCGACAUUGAAAUUCUGGCUUCAAAUGCCUAAAAAAACAAACAUUCCAUUUGAUGUUUAGAAAAUCUUUUAAUUCAUCCAUCAUUGGCAAGAAAGAUUAUGGGGCAUUCUUGGAAAAGGGUCAUGGAUUUCAAGUCAGUUGCCUUAACUUUAGAUCACUCCUUCUGUGUUAUGUACCAUUUUUGUUGAUUUCAAAACAAAUGAUCGGACUCAUGACCAGGUUUUGAUGCAGAUAAAUUAAUUUAGAGCUGCACUAGACUACCCACCAUCAAGUAAUAACAGCUUGUUUUAUAUUUUUUGCUCUAAUGUUUCAUUUAAUCACCUCCUGUGUACUGUUAUCAGUAAUCUGUUACGGCAAAGAUACAUAUGGUGUUUAAAAUGUGAUGAAUGCGACAUUAUUUACUGUUGUAGCCUCACAUUGUCACAUUGGCUGCACUAACUAUUAUUUCUACUGCUAAGGGCAUUAGCAUUGUGAAAUUAUCCAGUAAUUUUUAUUUGCAGAAGCGAUAUAGAAAUGUAUCAGUUGGGUUUAGAUUUUUAUUUUUAUUAAUUAUUGAAGUGACAGGCUCAUUUUUGGGAAUAAUUUUAUUUUUUAAUUGUGUGAUGUUUUUGUUUGUGUGUGUGUGGGUUUUAUUUUAUUUUUUGGUGCCAGAUACACUCAUUUCUUAUGGAAACCCAUCUCUGCUGUGGAGAUAAAGAAAGGCAAAAAAAUGUUAAUUAGAAUUAAAAUGACUUAUAUAUUUUUGUUUCAUUAAAUUAGAUCUGUGGGAUAGAUACAACUUUGACUUGUCACCUUACAGCAAGCAGGUCAAAAUCUUUGUUUCUCAUAAUUUUGUCAUAUUGUGUCAUAUUUUAUUGAUUUGUUUCAUUCAUAAUGGUGGGAGAUGUUUAUUUUUUAU